AUGUUUGCCAGCGAGUCCACUCCCAUGAUGGCCUCGCGUUUUGCGACGGGGCAGUUUCUGGCUCCGUGGUGGAGGAUCGGCGGCCGAGCACGCAACGUAACUAAUGGUUCUCAGUCGCGCCCAUACAACAACCCGGGCUAUCUGCAAAACGGUGGCUCUGGCCUUCAGCCGGGUACCGCCCCUCUCUUGCCUAAUCAGGGCCGAGUUAUCCAGUCCGGUCCCAUCAGGAUUCUCUGCAUCGCCGAUGUUCGAGGAAACCUGAGCUCUCUCAACGAUCUUGCGAAGCAGGCACGAGCCGACCACAUCAUCCACACGGGCGACUUUGGCUUUUACGAUGACUCCUCGCUCGAGCGAAUCGUGGAGAAGACCCUCAAGCACGUGGCCCAAUACUCGCCACUCAUCUCCGAAUCGGUGAAGAAGGCCGUUCAGCAAGUAGGAAAUGGCUCCGUCAAGAGUCGAUUCUCGCCCAGCGAGCUUCCGCUGUCGGAGCUGCCUCUGCUGCUCAGCGGCGCCCUGAAGUUGGACGUCCCCGUCUACACCGUCUGGGGUGCGUGCGAGGACGUCCGCGUGCUGGAGAAGUUCAGAUCCUCCGAGUACAAGGUGCCCAACCUCCACAUCAUCGACGAAGCUCGCUCCAUGCUCCUCGAGAUCGGCGGCGUCAAGCUCCGACUGCUCGGACUCGGAGGUGCCGUCGUCAUGCACAAGCUGUUCGAUAAUGGCGAGGGGCGUACCACGAUCGCUGGCGGGCAGGGCACCAUGUGGACGACGUUGCUGCAGAUGGGAGAGCUCAUCGACACGGCUCAUCGAGUCUACGACCCCACCGAAACCCGCAUCUUCAUCACGCACGCAUCCCCGGCCCGAGAGGGCAUCUUGAACCAGCUUUCCGUGACGCUAAAAGCCGACUUCUCCAUCUCGGCCGGUCUCCACUUCCGAUACGGAAGCUCCUACAACGAGUUCAGCGUGAACCCGACGCUAGAUCACUACCGCGGAAAGCUUGCCGCUUCCAAGGCGUCCUUCAACGACGUUUGGGAAACGGUCAAGGGCGAAGUCCAGCCCGCCAUUCAGCAGAACGAGGCGCAGCAAAACCUCCUCAAGAAUGCUCUUCAGCUCGUCGAGAAGAUGCCCACGACGGCGGCUGGCGGGAACCCCUUUGGCGGACCCGCUGCCGGCAACCAGGCUUCACUGGGACAGGUGGACGAGAGCGCCUUCAAGAACAUGUGGAACUUCAACCUCGCCGACGCCGCGUUCGGCUACCUCGUUCUCGAGAUUCAAGACGGUCGAAUCGGCACCGAGAUGCGCGCCCAAGGAUUCAACUUUUCGCACCGCGGAGCGCAGCAGCAGAAGCAACAGUCGGGCGCCGCCACCAGCGCGCCGCCCGCGUCGGCCGGUAGCCUGUCCGCACCGGCACCGUCGACGCAGACGGCGGCACCCCUGCCCACAAGCCGACAGCCCUCGACGGGCCAGCCACCGAAGGCGACCGUUUCCACGCCGGGAACGCAAACGCCGGCCUCUCCCCAGCCCGGCCAGGGCUCCGCCGGCAUGGCGGGACGAGACUCGGACAAGUCGACGGCGGCCGCCAACGGAUCCGCCAACGGCCCGGAGCCUGGUGCGGGCAAGGCGCAAGCACCCGACUUGAUCGGCCUGUUCGUCAUGAACAUCGGCAGCGAGGAGCAAUGCCGGGACCUUUUCGACGACGAGAGCAAAGGCAAGAUUACGAGGGUAGACAAGCAUGGCGCGCAGAACAAGGUUGUCCAUUUCAAAAGCACCGACGACCGAGAUGCCGUCUUCGCAAGGCUACCUGCCGAGCUCAAGGCCAAAAACCCGGAUGACCGAUCCAAGCCGCUCAUCCGCGUCUACCAGCAGCAAGGCAAGCCGUUCAACAACCGCGGAGGCGCCGGCACCUGGGGAGGCAACCCGCGAGGAGGCUCCUCGGCGAGUGGCUACCGAAGCGCUGGGGGCGCCAGCGACUCCGAGAGCACGCGACGCGGCGGCCGUGGCGGCCGAGGCGGCAGGGGUGGCGAGAGGAGCCGGGGCGGUCGAGGCCGAAGCGGCUUGAAGGCCGAGGCUGGCGCGUCCUCGCCCGCACCAUCCACGCCGGCUGCGGAAUGA